UUUUCCAGAGAUGCCAAUCAACCUACCAUGCACGUCUUUGGACCGGGGGAGGAAACCGGAGUACCCGGAGGAAACCCCCGAGGCACGGGGAGAACAUGCAAACUCCACACACACAAGGAGAAGGUGGGAAUCGAACCCCCAACCCUGGAGGUGUGAGAUGAACAUGCUAACCACUAAGCCACCGUGCUCCCAUGCUGUAGAUUUAUAUUUGCAAAUUGCUGGAUCUAAGAGGCCCAAACCUGUUCCUGCAUGUCAAUGCCCCUGUGUCCAAAACCAAAAACCAAGGUGUAGAAAACCAUGGUGUAGAAGAUCUCACAUGGCCUGUACAGAACCCUGACCUUCUUUGGGAGGAAAGGAAAUGACUGCACCACAGAACACAGACAGACAGACAGACAGACAGACAGACAGACAGACAGACAGACAGACAGACAGACAGACAGACAGAUAGAUAGAUAGAUAGAUAGACAGACAAACAGAUAGAUAGAUAGAUAAAUAGAUCUUCCCAGUUGGUAGCAUAUGAAAGGGAACAGAUGACUGAUGGUUGGAAUUGGCAGGUGACCAAAAAGUGAUAAAAGAGUCCUAUAGAAACAACCCCAAAAACAUCCAUCAUAAAAUUCUAACCUGAACCUGUUAACCGAAUAAGUGAGCUCGAGUAACACUAGCGAAAGCGUAUGCCCUCGAAGCCCCCCAGUUCAGUUUCACCUUUAACUCUACAUAUUUCAGACAAACAUGUCUGUGCAAUAUCUGUAACCCUGCUCAGGCACACACGGACAAACUGAUGGAUGUGCCCUCUGGGUGGUCUGGUAAACUGGAGCAUUCAAAACGUGAAAGCAAUGCAGCAGAGUAAGCAAGCUGUGGGUGUGAGCAAUCUAACCCCCCUUCUACCGUCUCCGCUAUUCCUCCGUUCCUCUCGCAUCUUUUACCUUUAAGGAAAAAAAGAAGGAAAAAGAUGAUUGGCAAAAGAUAGACAGUGCAUGCCCCAAAAAGACUCUGAUACACACACUCACACAACCCCCUUUUUUUUUUCUAGAUCCAGCAGAUGUCAUGGGUACAGCCUUGAGGGAAUAGCACUACAAACAAUACAUAUCUAAUAAAGGACAGAGAGACACUGAAACGACACAGAGAGACGUUCACAGAGACCAGAUUGGACCACGAAGUAGGAGAAGGUCAUUUGGAACACGAAACCAAGACAAGAACUGUCCCAUAAACUGCCACUUUUCCAUGUCCAGCUCUGAAAAUUCAGGCUGAGGUUCAAAAUGAAGUCGUUCCUCACUGCUUUUGCAAUUCUGCUACUAGCUGGCUCAGUGGAUUCUCAGGAAAUGUCAUAUGAACACUUACUGUCCCAACUGCAUGCCUGCCCCAAAGAGUGCUACUGUCCUCCCAGCUUCCCCAAUGCAGUUUAUUGCAACAAUAGGGGGCUGAAAAGAAUCCCCAAGAUCCCCCCAUUCACCUGGUAUUUGUACAUACAGAACAACCUCAUUGAUGUCCUUUCAGCAGAUGCCUUCCAUAACACCACACAGUUGAAGUGGAUCAACCUUAAUCAUAACAAGAUCUCAAAUGAAGGAGUGGAAGAAAAUGCACUUAAAGCCUUGCCCAAUCUGCUGCAUCUCUAUAUGGAAGAAAACUUGCUCACCUCCAUACCUUCUCCUCUUCCACCAAAGAUAGAACAGCUACAUCUCUCCAGAAACCGGAUCUCAAAAAUCCCAGCAGGUGUCUUUACUGGGAAGAAACAUCUCAUGUUACUCAACCUGCAGGGUAACAAACUACAGGAUGAUGCAGUUAAUGAGGUCAACCUUAAAGGCCUCAGUGGUUUGGUUCAGAUCAACUUGGCAAAGAACCAUCUGAACAGCAUGCCUAAAGGUCUUCCACCAUCCACUAUUCAACUCUACUUGGACGGCAACAAUAUUCAGAAGAUCCCUGCAGAAUAUUUCAAUGGACUCCCCAAGAUGGCCUUCCUAAGGCUUAAUCGCAACAAACUAGUUAAUGGAGGGAUCCCAAAGAAUGUUUUCAACCUUUCCAGCAUCCUGGACCUACAGCUUUCUUAUAACCAACUUACAGAGGUACCACUAAUUUCUUCUGUCCUGCAGCAUCUACACCUGGACCACAAUAAAAUUAAGAGUGUGAACUCCUCUGACAUCUGCCCAGUUUCUGCUGACACUUUUGAUGACUACUUUGAUGAAAGAGUCCCUCAACUCCGCUACCUCCGCCUUGACGGGAACGACAUCAAACCUCCAGUUCCCAGAGAUCUGAUGAUCUGCUUCCGACGUCUCAGUGCUGUAGUCAUAUAAGGUUAGGACUAGCCAGCUUGUGGUGGACUGGAAGAAAUGCUUUUGUAAAACAUAAUGUUCUAUCCUGGUGAUCUUGUACUUGUACACAGCGGACAAAAGAGGUUUAGAGAUAAGUUUUGCUUCUGAAGUGACUUCACUGUGACUUUACUGUGCUUUAAGUUGAUUUAGAUUACAGUAUACAUGGUAGAAGAGGAAUAGCAUUGUCAGUAGUGUUAAUUUCGUCAGACGAGACGAGACGAAAUAUGUUCGACAACAACCUUUUUUUUUCAUGACUAAGACGAGACGAUGACAAGACUGCACCACUGUCCAAAAACGCUGACUAAGACUAAAUUAACAUGCAUUAUUGUUGACGAAAAAAGACGAGACAAAAAUGUUUUGUAUAAAAUAAAACCUAAGAUAAAAUCUCUCUUCAUUUUCGUUUACAAUUGUCUCUGCUUUUUCAUCAGCUGUUACGCCUUUAAAAUAUUCACAACGAGUUUGCGGCUUCGCGCUGUUUAGUGUGUGCGUAGAAACAAUUCGUCCACACGCCGCUAAAACAAACUCCUGAGCGCAAGUCCACCCCUGGUCUAGUCAGGCUUUUUGUGUUAAAUUAUAUUUCCUGUUGCUGUGCAGGCUGUUUUAUUGUACAUGACAGCUUAUGUCCCGAUGACCGGUCUUUGCAUUACGAUUAAAAGCAGUAUCAAUAAAGUAAAAAAUGUGGUGUGCAGUCAAGUUCGAGUGUAUGCACUGUUUAAACGAGUGUUCACAACUUCUCACCGAUACUUUUGUGAUUCGCGGACUGUAAAUAGGUUGUGUUUUAGGCCCACAGUAAAGUGGCCUAUUCUUUUCAGUUUUUCUGAGUAUAUUCAUUUUAUUUCUGAUUUGAACAGAAACAUGAGACACAAGGCAACCAAAACAGUUUUAAAAACUUUUGUAACUUAAGUUGUCAGUCGGAGUCUGUUGGGCUCCAGCUUUAGAAUUGUGUUGGUUAAAAUAAAAUACUCUUCAGAACAGGUUCAUCAUUUGUGAAUGUGUCUCCUAAAUCAGACAUUGAAAACCAGACAUGUUUAACAUUUGCAUUCAACAAAAAUCAUUCAACAAGUGUAUUUUGUCAGGUAAUUAUGACGUUUAACCAAUGCUUGUGUCACGAUGAGACAAAGGCGAGUGAGGAUCCAAACGCAGUUCAAUCUUUUAUUAAUCCAAAUCAAGCAACAGGCAAACAGACAUGCAGGCAACACCAGGCAAAAUACUGAGCAAACAGGGACACAGACACAAACAUACAACAACCAACCCCAGGGAAGUGAACAAACAGGGUAGAUAUAGCAAACAGGAACCAAUCACCAAGCAGAGACAAUCAGUGACUAACAUGAUACACCUGGGGGGGAGAUAGAGUGCAAUUAGUGUCCAUGGUAACCAAUGAGUGGGCGGAGCAAACAAUUAACAGCAAGGCAGACAGCAGACAGAAACAGGGCAAAACACAGACAGACUCAUUACAGUUUGAGAUGUGAAACACUUUUUUUUUACUGAAAUGUUUAUCAGUAAUAAUCUCAGUAAUAAUUUGUUAUUUUUAAAAAAGACUACAAUUUUUUUGACUAAAACUAGACUAAAAUUAAAAGACUUUUAGUCGACUAAAACUUGACUAAGAUACCUUGUUUUCUUUUGACUAAAACUAGACUAAAAUGACGAGACUUUUAGUCGACUAAAACUUGACUAACAAAAAAAGAUAUGUGAAUGACUAAAUAU